AUGAGGCACUCAGGAGCAUAUUCAGGGCUAAAGACGGGGCCUCACGCGCUGCCGUUAGCGAGGAUCAAGAAGAUAAUGAAGAAAUCUGGGGAUGAAGUGAAGAUGGUUUCUGGUGAGGCUCCCAUUGCUUUCGCUAAAGCUUGUGAGCUCUUCAUUGAGGAACUCACCCGAAGGUCAUGGAUCGUCACCACUCACUCCAAGAGGAGAACCCUCCUCAAAGAUGACGUCGCUUCCGCCGUCAUCGCCACCGAUCUUUUUGACUUCUUGAUCUCUUUGUUCACCCGCCGCCAUGACUCUACAGCCUUUCCCUCUACCACCGCCGUAGAAUCUUAA